AUGGCCAAGGAGAAGCGAGAUCAUACCUGGUCUGCUUUAUUGGCCGCUUAUGAGGAAGGAUACGACCGCGUGGUCAAGCUAUUGCUCGAUAAAAGGAAUCCUUUCAAGGGCAUGGAGAGUGAGACAUUGACUGACAGGCUUUGGGACUUCGCGGAAACGACAACGUCGAACGACUUUUUACAGCCCUACUGUCUUGCGUUGGCUGGAGAAACUCGAGCCAUAGAGUCCUAUGGAUUUGAGGUUGAUGAUGUUUUCUACAUCCACUUUGAACAUGGCAAAUGA